AUGGCUAAACAGCAGUCACUCUUAGAAAAGUAUGAACAGAGGUUGCAGCGUACAACUACCGGGCGGCCUACAAUUGAGUUGGCUGCCACCGAGAAUGCUACUGGCACACACGAACGGGUGCAUACAUCGCUAGGAAGUAAGUACAGCCCUGUUUUCCGUAUACAAGGUCGUACACGUCCGCACCAUAGACUCGGGUACGAAUCACCCGGGUCAAAGGACCGAUCGACCGAGGGGGAGGAGACUCUGUCUUCUAUUGAGGACACACCAUCUUUCCAGGAGUUCGCACGCGAACAGGUAUUAGCCAAGCAGAACCCCCACGGGAGUGAGGCAUUGAAGAACAUGCAGGAUCGGCUAAGUGCGAACUUUCGCCAACAAAGGAAGCAGCCAGGGAGUAUGUACAGACACCCAAGCGGCAGGAGAAGGACACACCUGUACCUCCACCCACACCGGCUAGUAUUGAGAAAAGCCGACAAGCACUACAUGCACGGAUACUACAUUUGA